UGGGGUGUUUGGUGAAGAGGAUGAUCCUUGCCAGAGGCUGGGAAGCCCGGCUCCUGGCACAGCUGAGCGACUACGAGAUCGUGACCCCCACACGGCUGGACGAGCAGGGCCAGCCCUUCCCCGCCGGCGCCCACUUCCAGCGAAGGAGACGCAGCUUCCCAGCCGGUCCCAAUCUGGAUGCGGUGCCCGGGUCCCACGGAGCCUGCUACAGCCUGAGCGCCUUCGGGCAACGCUUCGUGCUCAACCUGACGGCCCAGGCGGGCUUCAUCGCGCCCCGCUUCACCCUCAGCCUCGUGGGGCGGCCUGCCUCCAACCACACGUGGCCGCUGGCCGACGGGGACGGCGACGUGCGGCACUGCUUCUACCGGGGGCACGUCAACACCCGCCCGCAGCACGUCGCUGUCAUCAGCCUCUGCUCAGGGAUGCUAGGCACAUUCAGGUCUCAUGACGGGGACUAUUUUGUAGAGCCUCUGCUGUCACUUGAUGAGCAAGAGUAUGAAGAAGAGCACAAUAAGCCACAUGUGGUCUACAGGCACCGGGCACCACAGACAGGCUCGUCAGGGGAGAAGCGUGCUUGCGAUACUCCAGGGCAUGAAAACAGUCACAGAAAGAACAGGAGGAAACACCGGCGGAGACAGUGGCAAGAGAGUGGUAUUUUAUCCGAUAUAGAGGUAUUAAAAGACAGCAUUGCAGCAAGUCAGUUUUCUACCUAUAGCAACAAGACUGGGAAUGCCGGUGAAAAAAAGCCGCACCGAAGGACAAAGCGAUUUCUCUCGUACCCGCGGUUUGUGGAAGUGAUGGUGGUGGCAGACAGCAGGAUGGUUGCCUACCACGGGGCUAAUCUGCAGCACUACGUCCUAACAUUAAUGUCAAUAGUAGCCUCUAUCUAUAGAGAUCCAAGUAUUGGAAAUUUAAUUAAUAUUGUUAUUGUGAAAUUAGUCGUGAUACAUAAUGAGCAGGAUGGUCCUGCCAUCUCUUAUAAUGCCCAGACAACUUUAAAAAACUUCUGCCAAUGGCAGCAAUCACAGAAUCACCCUGAAGAAAGCCAUCUACCCAAACACGAUACUGCUGUGCUUGUGACCAGGCAGGAUAUUUGUAGAGCUCACGACAAAUGUGAUACGUUAGGUCUGGCCGAACUGGGCACCGUUUGCGAUCCGUACAGGAGCUGCUCCAUCAGCGAAGACAACGGGCUGAGCACGGCUUUCACGAUAGCACAUGAACUUGGCCAUGUAUUUAACAUGCCACAUGAUGACAAUCAUAAAUGCAAAGAAGAUGGAGGUAAAAAUCAACAGCAUGUCAUGGCACCGACAUUGAACUUCUACACCAACCCCUGGAUGUGGUCGAAAUGCAGCAGGAAAUACAUUACUGAAUUUCUAGACACUGGAUACGGGGAGUGUCUGCUGGACGAGCCUACGGCAGGAACUUACACUCUGCCUCAGCAACUCCCUGGCCUCAUUUAUGAUGUUAAUAAGCAAUGCGAGCUAAUUUUUGGACCGGGAUCUCAAGUGUGCCCGUACAUGCAGAUGCAGUGCCGGCGACUGUGGUGCAUCAACAUCGAUGGAGCUCACAAAGGAUGCCGGACCCAACACACGCCAUGGGCGGACGGGACAGAAUGUGAGCCGGGGAAGCACUGUCGGUAUGGGAUGUGCGUUCCCAAAGAACGGGAGGCCCCCGUCAUGGAUGGAGCCUGGGGGUCCUGGAGUCCUUUUGGGACCUGCUCGAGAACCUGCGGCGGGGGCAUAAAAACUGCAGUCCGUGAAUGCAACAGGCCCGAACCCAAAAACGGUGGAAAAUACUGCGUGGGGCGUCGAAUGAAAUUCAAAUCCUGCAACACUGACCCAUGCUCGAAGCUGAAGAGGGACUUCCGCGAUGAGCAGUGUGCUGACUUCGACGGGAAGCAUUUCAACAUUAAUGGUCUACCUCCUAACGUGCGUUGGGUUCCCAAGUACAGCGGAAUUCUCAUGAAAGAUCGGUGCAAGCUGUUCUGCAGAGUAGCGGGAAAUACUGCCUACUAUCAGCUCAGGGACCGAGUCAUUGAUGGCACCCCCUGCGGCCCAGACACAAAUGACAUCUGCGUGCAAGGCCUGUGCCGGCAAGCGGGAUGUGACCACGUGCUGAAUUCAAAAGCAAGAAGAGAUAAAUGUGGCGUUUGCGGUGGUGAUAAUUCUUCGUGCAAAACGGUUGCAGGCACAUUUAACACAGUGCGUUAUGGUUAUAACACUGUGGUCCGCAUACCAGCUGGUGCUACAAAUAUUGACGUGCGUCAGCACAGUUACUCAGGGAAACCAGAAGAUGAUAACUACCUUGCCUUGUCGAACGGCCACGGGGACUUCAUCUUAAAUGGGGACUUUGUCGUCAGCAUGUUCAAAAGGGAAAUCAAAGUGGGGAACGCCGCGAUUGAAUACAGCGGGUCGGACAAUGCUGUUGAGAGGAUCAAUUCUACGGAUCGCAUCGAACAAGAAAUAGUCCUACAGGUCUUAUCGGUGGGUAACUUAUAUAACCCUGACGUUCGAUACACAUUCAAUAUCCCAAUUGAGGACAAGGCGCAGCAGUUCUACUGGGAUGUCUAUGGUGCUUGGCAAGCCUGCAGCAAACUGUGCCAAGGGGAGAGAAAAAGGAAACCCAUUUGCACCAGAGAAUCUGACCAGCUCAUGGUGUCCGAUCAACGAUGCGAUCGCAUCCCUCUGCCAGACCCGGUCACGGAGCCCUGUAGCACGGAGUGUGAGCUAAGGUGGCACGUCGCCAGGAAGAGCGAGUGCAACGCGCAGUGCGGGCUGGGUUACCGGACCGUCGAGAUCUACUGCACGAAGUACAGCAGGGCUGAAGGGAAGACGGAGAAAGUGGACGACCGAUUCUGCAGCAGCCAGCCGAAGCCCAGCACCCGGGAGAAGUGCGUCGGAGAGUGUAACAUAGGAGGGUGGCGGUAUUCAGCCUGGACGGAAUGCUCCAAAAGUUGUGGCGGUGGCACGCGGAGAAGACGAGCCAUCUGUGUGAACACCUUUAACGACGUGCUGGAUGACAGCAAAUGCAGUCAGCAGGAGAAGCUCACGGUGCAGCGCUGUAGUGACUUCUUGUGUCCCCAGUGGAAAACAGGGGACUGGUCAGAAUGCUUGGUGACGUGUGGGAAAGGGCACAAGCAUCGGCAAACCUGGUGCCAGUUCGGAGAAGAUCGACUCAGCGACAGGUUCUGCAAUCCGGAGACGAAACCAGAUUCGGUGCAGACUUGUCAGCAGCAGGAGUGCGCCGCCUGGCAAGUGGGACAGUGGGGCCAGUGCACGGCGACUUGUGGGCAGGGCUACCAAAUGAGAGCGGUGAAAUGCGUUGUUGGUACCUACGUCUCAGUCGUGGACGAUAAUGAAUGCAAUGCUGCUACCAGGCCGACAGAUACCCAGGACUGUGAAAUAGCAGCGUGUCCUCUCCAUCCAAGUCAUCCAGAAACAAAGAGGAGCUCAGCCAACGUUCACAGGACACAGUGGAGGUUUGGAUCCUGGACGCCUUGCUCGGCGACCUGCGGGAAAGGCACGCGGAUGCGGUACGUCAGCUGUCGUGAUGACCAGGGCUCCGUGGCAGAGGAGUCGGCUUGCUUCCACCUCCCCAAGCCAUCGGCGACAGAAGUGUGCAGCGUCACGCCUUGCGGGCAGUGGAAGGCCCUGGAGUGGAGCUCUUGCUCGGUGACUUGUGGCCAAGGCAAGGCCACGCGGCAAGUGGUCUGCGUGAAUUACAACGACCAGCUGGUGGAUCGCGGCGAGUGCGACCCUGAGGAUCUCCCAGCAAUGGACCAGGACUGCUCCAUGUCUCCCUGCCACGAUUAUGGCAGGCCAAUGCACCCCUUCCCCUACCCAGAUCACCGGCUGAAACUCAACCCUGGGGGGAGUCUGAACCGACACCCAGGCCGCGCGCACAUCCCCGGGGGCAGUCAGUGGAGAAUCGGCCCGUGGGGUGCCUGCUCGAGCACGUGCGCGGGAGGAUUCCAGCGGCGGGUGGUGGUGUGCCAGGACGAGAACGGAUACCCCGCGGGCAACUGCGACGAGAAAGCCAAGCCCAUCGAGCAAAGAUCCUGCGAAUCUGGCCCUUGUCCGCAAUGGGCUUAUGGCAGCUGGGGGGAGUGCACCAAGCCAUGUGGGGCAGGCACAAGGACGAGGCUGGUUGUGUGCCAGCGCCCGAAUGGAGAAAGGUUUAUGGAUCUGAGCUGUGAAAUUCUCGAGAAACCACCAGACCGUGAGCAGUGCAACAUGCAGGAGUGCCCUCAAGACGCCGCCUGGAACGCAGGUCCUUGGAGCUCGUGCUCUGUCUCUUGUGGACGGGGACACAAACGCCGAACUGUCUACUGCUUGUCCAAGGAAGGAAACCAUUUGGAAGACGAUUAUUGCAAACACCUGCCCAAACCAAACGUGGAAAGAAAAUGCCGCGGGGGAAGAUGUCCGAAGUGGAAAACAGGAGACUGGGGACAGUGCUCAGUGUCCUGCGGGAGAGGCGUUCGGCGGAGGAAUGUGUAUUGCUACACCGGCACUCAGAAACCAGCCGGGGAAGCUGACUGCCCUCAGUCCACGAGACCCGAGGCUGAACAGGGAUGCCACCUUGCCGACUGUCCCGUUUACAGCUGGGAAGCAGAGGAAUGGCAAGCGUGCAUGAAAACCUGUGGGGAGGCGUCCCGGUACCGUAAAGUCGUGUGCGUGAAUCAGAACAAGCGCGUGGAGAACAGCCUGUACUGUGAUGCCAGCAGGCGACCCUUGGAAAUGGAGAGCUGCAGCUUGCCGCCCUGCGAGUAUGUCUGGAUCACGGGGGAGUGGUCGGAGUGCUCUGUCACCUGUGGCAAGGGGUACAAGCAACGGCUGGUUUCCUGCAGUGAAAUUUAUACUGGGAAGGACCAUUAUGAGUACGGCUACCAGAACACAGUCAACUGCCCCGGCACGCAGCCCCCAAAUAUCCACCCCUGUUACCUCGGGGAGUGCCCGGUCCUGGCGACGUGGCGCGUUGGCAACUGGGGAAGUUGCUCUGUUACGUGCGGCGUUGGAGUGAUGCAUCGGUCAGUGCAGUGCCUAACAAACGACGACCAGGCGAGCACCUUGUGCCACGCUGAUUUGAAACCUGAAGAAAGAAGAAUCUGCCACAAUAUCCAUGACUGUGAAUUACCAAGGGCUUGCAAAGAUGUUAAAAGACUCAAAGGUGUCAUUGAAGAUGGAGAAUAUUACCUGAACGUUAAAGGAAAGAUAAUCAAGAUAUAUUGUUCUGGGAUGCAGACUGACAACCCAAAGGAGUAUGUGACUCUUGUGAGUGGGGACGCGGAGAAUUUCUCUGAAGUGUAUGGGUACAGAUUACAUAAUCCGACAGAGUGUCCGUACAACGGGAGCAGACGGGAAGACUGCCACUGCAGGAAAGAUUACACAGCAGCUGGGUUUUCCACCUUCAGCAAAGUAAGGCUGGACCUGAACACUAUGCAAAUCAUAACAACUGAUUUACAGUUUUCACGGACGCUUGAUGGACGACCUGUUCCUUAUGCCACUGCUGGGGACUGCUACAGCGCAGCCAAGUGCCCGCAGGGUCACUUUAGCAUCGACCUUUACGGAACUGGCCUUUCGGUGAUGGAAACGGCAAAAUGGCUCUCGCAGGGAAACUAUGCGGUGUCAGAAAUUCAGAGAUCUCCAGAUGGUACCAAAGUCCUAGGGAAAUGCGGUGGUUACUGUGGGAAGUGCACACCUUCAUCUGGAACUGGCCUCGAGGUCCAAGUGCUAUAGCCAGAUGGGUUCUCCUGGUUCCCGCGCGAAGGAUGUGCAAGCAGGAAGCCAAGAUGAGCUGGAUGAAGGAUAGCGAUGCAAUACCUCUGCCUUCUACUUUUGUACUUGUUUGUACGUGUGUAUAUAGCUUGUAUAUUCUUAAUGUACAGUAUAAUAUUUAUGUUUGGAAUUAUUUAUUUCGAUUUAAUAUUUUUGUACGUAAAAUGUUUAUAUUAAGGCUGCUUUUACUGUUUUUUUUAUUAAACCCUGCAGUCAAACCACUGCAUUUUACGUACUCUACAUUAUAUGUAGCGUUAUGACAAAAGUGAUACUUUAUUGUCACUGUACUCAAUUGUUUACUUUCAGUCAGUCAUUUUUCUUCUUGUUACAGGCUGCUUUGGCCUUUUAAGGUGCUACCAAAUUGGCAUAGGGGUAUUUUUGGCAUUUCGAUACAACCUUUGUGGAAGGGAAAUAGAGCAGGUAGGAUUUCUCUUUUUUUUUAAAUGAUCAAGCAGACAGCACUAACGGGACACAUGUAAAAUCAAUACGGUGCUCAUUGCAGUAUGAGUUAUUGUCUUUUAGGUGUAUUUUCAAUUCCACGUGACCUCUGUGGCCAGUGAUAAUGAUUGCUGGUUUGGUGCUAAUACGAGAUAUUUAUUAAUACUGUGUAGUUCUAGGUAUUCAGAUCCAUUGCCAUGACGAGCAAGAAAAGGGAGCGAAGAGGGGAAACGGCUAGAUGAGCCAAGUCACGCAAAUUAAGUAUUCAGCCUGCGAACGCGUUCAGAACUUGAACCCCAGUAUUUGUAAGGCUCAUAAAACCUUGAUUAUUUUUUUUCCCCAAAUAAUAUUUUCUAAUUGAAUGUGCCGCUGCACUUCCUGGUUCCAUCUGGACGUGUGGGUGCUUAAUUCCUCCAAGAAAGGUUGAUUGGGCCAUAUGUUCCCAUGGUCUGUGUGCUGAAAGGCAUAGCAAUGUACUACAAAAUCUGCCACAAAGUCCUAAGGGGAAGCCAAAAACACCUACUCGUAUUAUGCUGCUGCUAGCAUGCGGGAUCACUCGGCAUAGCCUCCGAAGAUCCCGUUGGGAGUGGAAAUGUUGGAGGAUCAGCCUGGGUACUGUAAAGCUAAGUUGCAGCCCCAGCCUGUGCUAGGUCUGUGUCGGCAGACUCUGCAAUGUUUCAGUGGAUUUCUGUGCCUACAAGUACUGCCAACUGGGUCUGAUAGGCUUCAUCAGGGACUUGCCAGUUGUAUAAAUAAGAUCAUUUUGUACCCACAGAGAUCUUUCCCCUCCUGCACAGGCUGGCCCGUGUGUAUUGGCGCGUGGCUUUGCAUCACCCAAAAAGCCGCCACGCUCUUUGGGUGUCUCCCGUCCUAUGCACAGCUGGUCCUGCAGUCUUUAUUCCAGAAAAAAAAACAUCUGUUCAAGUCAGACGGGGCCAAGAAAGCUGUGCAGACCUGGUCUUUGCUGGAUUAUACCAAGCAUCAUUCCUGAACUUCGUGGUCUACUGUGUGGUAAUAAUGCGGCCAUGCAAUUUUUGUAGGAGAUGACUGUGUCCCUUAGCACUUUCUUCGCAAUCUCAUUGCAAAUGGGAACAUAUUGCCCAUCCUCAUUAUGAGUUUGGACUGAUCAGAAGCAGGAAGUUCCCAGAACAGCGUAGGAGGGAUCCUGUUACCAUGAAAUUUCCUGCAGUUUAGGAGACCAAAGACAUUUGUUAACCCAUUUGGAUAAAUAUCUACAUUGGUGGGUGCACAGGCUUAUUGAGCCCGACCUCUGAAUACACAGGGCCCUAUUUAUCUACCAUGACUCUUUGCCCAUUGUGAAUGAAGGCAGGUGUUUAAAUCAACCUAUAUGAUCCCUAAAUGGCAGUGAGUGUGCCCACUGCUUUGUCAUCCAUGUAUUUGAUGACUUGUUCCCGGUGCCUGUGUCCAGCCACCUAACCCUACGCUGUGCAGUUUAGCAGCAGGACUCUCAGGUAACAUCCAUCGGCAAAUAUGCUGUGCUAAUUUAGACCACUUGAAGAUUAGACCCUCUGUAUUGUUAAGGAAUGUCGCUUAGGAACUCCAGUUAAUGUCUGGAUCCAAAUGGAAAGAUGUAGGUUUCCCAAAUGCACGACUAUUUUCUCACCAAAUACUUGGAUGUGAUUAUAUUACAAGCAGACUCGUUUUUCACCUGCACUGUAGGUUGGUGUGUAACAGUAAUAAAUGACCCAACAUUUUUGAGCAAAUGCCAAAAAUACCAUUUUGGAAUUCAUGUAAUAAGAGAAAAACAAAAAACAAAAGAAAGAAAAAGAGUAAUUAUGAAAUAGUAAUUUUGUGAUUACUGCUCAGCAUUAGAGCAUCUGUUCUGUAUGGAAAAAGGGAAAAUUGCACUAUGAACUUUAGGGGAGAAACAGUGGUGCUUAGACAGUACAGGCUGAUACUAUUUUCUGUAAUGAAGUGAAUGAGUAUUUAUAAAAAAAAAAAAAUAAUAAUAUUGUGUCCUGUACGCAUUCCUUUUUACAAUGUAGUUUCAUAAUGGUUAUCAACAGUGCAAGAGAAACCUAAAAAUAUAUUAAAUAAAACAUAAAGGAGUCAUUUAGAUACUAAACUUAGGCAUCAUUGAUUGAUUUAAAUAAAUGAGAACAAAAUGUUGAGGGCCACUGAG